UUGUUUUAAGCGGCCCUAUUAGAGUUGUCAACUUCUGCGAUGGACUUGCCACGUUUGCGAUAACGGGAAAAUCAUUCAAAAACAAAAAUGAUUUAUAGCUAAUGCUUUAUACAAGUUAAAUGAUCAUGAUGUCACGGUGUACUUGGUAGAUCAAAGAUUAACAAAAUGUUGAGUAGAGCAUCCCAUACAAUAGCAUUAUGUUCCAUCGCCAACUUUAUAAAUUCAGCGGACAGAGUGAUUAUGCCCAUUGCUAUUGUUCCUAUGGCAGAUGAGUACAAAUGGGACUUGCAUGGACAAGGAUGGGUGCUUAGUUCUUUUGCUGUUGGCUACAUGAGUAGCCAGGUAAUUGGUGGGAGUGGGGCCAAAAAGUAUGGAGGGAAGAUGAUGCUCACCAUAGCGGUACUACUGUGGUCUUUGUCAACGUUUCUCGUCCCCUUCUUUGCUCAUUCCAUUUAUGCAUUAAUACUUUCAAGAGUCUUGUUAGGACUUGGAGAAGGAUUAGGAUUACCAACAAUUUUCCAUAUUUUUUCUCAUGCCAUUCCAUGUGAAGAGAGAUCUAGGGCCUUUGGUUAUUUGGUUGCGUUUGGUUCUAUUGGACAAACUUUUGCAUCAGUGCUGUGCCCUCACCUGGACUGGGAGUGGAUGUUUUAUUUAUUUGGCUUUAUGGGGUUUGUGUGGGUUUUAUUGUGGAUUCUGAUGUACAAAGAAAUUAGAACGUCCACGGAGGAAGAUUUUGUUGAUCCUCCCAAGGUCAACAAUAACAAUGUUUCAUGGCGAGAAUUUCUCUGUCAUUGGCCGCUUUGGUCCAUUUAUAUUGCUCACUUUAGCAUGAACUGGUCCAAUUAUAUCAUCAUGCAGUGGCUGCCAACAUAUAUGACUCGAACACUCGGGGCUGAAAAGAGCCAUAUCAUGUUUACGGCCGUGCCUUACAUCAUGAAUUCUUUAGUCGGGAUGGGUGCUGGACACUUUGCUGAUUCCCUGAUAACCAAAGACAAGUGGACGUUACUGUCGGUGAGGAGGCUAAUGACCAGCAUCGGCCUUCUGGGACCUGGAUUAUUUAUUUUAUUUUUCAGCGCUGUAAAUAAUUUAUCACUUGCUGUUUUCUUUGUUUCCCUUUCUCUCGGUCUAAGUGCUUGUAACUCAUCAGGACAUUUAAGCAAUCACGCAGAAGUGGCUCCUAAUCAUGCUGGAAUUACUUUUGCCAUCUCUAACACAUUGGCAACAAUUCCUGGUAUCACGUGUGGUCCGCUGACGGCAGAACUUGUUCUCCAGAGUCACGGUCGAUGGUUUCCCGUGUUCAUCAUCGCUGCGGGAGUGAACUUUGUCGGUGCUAUUAUUUACCUUAGUCAGAGCGCAGCCAGCCAAGUGUUGUAGACUCAAUGUGUCGUUUUUAUGAUCAAAAACAUGAAAAUUCGAACUUAAUUCCAGCCAUUGUUUUUGCAAUGUACUUGAAGUCACUUGUUACUUCAUUUUCAUCUGUUAAAUGCAGAAUGAAUGUCAUUUUU